AUGCAGGACCCGAAAGGUUUCGUCACGUUCUUCAAGGCUGCAAGAACAGUGUGUGCACUGCUUCUGAUGACGCACCUGAUUCCUGUGCACGGAACACCUGUCGAAGCCUGUAACAGCCUCGCCUGCAGAUGUCUGACGCACCAAGUCACCUGUAGCUAUGAAGGCUUGACAGAACUGCCAACUGGUAUUCCAAACGAUACCUACAUUCUAGAACUCUGGGGUAACAAGUUCACGUCAAUCACGAAAACCUCAUUUGCCGGUCUUUCCCAGGUGACCGACAUUUUGCUCUCUGAUAAUAAAAUCUCGUCCAUUGAAGUCGGGUCUUUCGAUUGGCAAUCCGACACUCUUGAGCAACUAUGGUUGAACACCAACGAGUUAGAGACUUUGGAGGUGGGUGUGUUUAGAAACCUGACAGAAUUGAAGUACUUGCAUCUCGAAAGCAAUAUGAUAUCGAGCUUGAGUGUUGGCAUAUUUCGGGACCUGUCAAGUCUAGUAUCAAUUGAUCUCAAUAAUAAUAAGAUUUCCCAUUUGCCUUCAGAUAUUUUUAGGGGCUUGUCAUUCCGUAAACUGGGUCUAGCCAGGAAUGGUAUAAUGAACAUAGACAACACUCUGGCUGCCUUACCUUCCAAUCUUGUGACUUUAGAUUUAAACGGUAACGAUUUGGGGAACUUAAGAGCGGCCAUGUUCAGCGGAUUUCCCAAUCUCACUCAGCUUAAACUUGAAGCGAACGGCAUGGAUUCUCUUCCAAACAACCUUUUUGUUGGCCUCGACAAGUUGGCUUUACUCCAUCUAGAUCACAACGUGCUGGUUGAGUUAAACCGAGCCAGCUUUGGUGAGCACCCCAAGUUGGAAAUGCUCACCUUAGCUAACAAUUCUAUCGUGCGAAUAGAGCCGGGGAUUUUCAGUACAUUCCCCAAAUUAAGGCAAAUUGAGCUACAGGCAAACGAUCUCACAUAUCUACCACCCGGUAUAUUUGACAACCUUACCUCUCUCAAGUUCCUUCAUCUAGACGGCAAUAGACUAGAUAAUCUCGAUGGUAACAUCUUCAGAGACCUUCAAAACGUCUGGUAUAUAUAUCUGCAAGGAAACGGCAUGAAAAGCCUGCCUUCUACCAUUUUCCGUGGUUUGCAAAUGCUCCGAUAUCUGUAUCUGGACGACAACAAACUCUCCGUCAUCGAGAGCGGUACAUUUGACGGCCUCCCAAGAAUAGAAAACAUAUAUCUAGAGGAUAACCCACUGACUAACAUAACCUGUGGAAUGCUCCCUACCAAGAACGUAUCGACGGUCUUGUGGGAAAUUAGCAUUGACUGUACUUGUGAGUGGAAACCUGUGUACGACUGCCCAGAGUUUUCCUGGGUCGGUUCGAAACUAGAGUGUAAUAGUCCGCUUCGCUUCUGGUUCGAUUCUCUUGAUGAAGUCCCAAAGGAUGCCUUGACUUGUGCCGCUCCUAGAAUGUUUUGCUUCAACCAUAUAGGUUGGGUAGCUUUAUCGGUCCUUGCUUUGUUGUCUAAUAUCAUUAUAAGUUACUGAGAUAGCAGCACGAUAUUUACGGCUUAAGCUAGCAUCACCAUAGAAAUAUACUUGUACGAACGUCCCCUUGCCUAGACGAUUCUCAUUUGAGAAAGAUGAAGUGCAUGUAGUAAAAGUCCUGCAUGUUUUGGUGUUGAUGCCGUGAAGAAAUAAAGUCAGGUUUUGAAUGCCACAUAAUACUAGGGAAGCGGAGUAGUGUAACUAGUUGAUGUGUUGAUGUUGUGCAAGAAAUAAACACAUUUG